UACUGUAGCAGUUUAAAAAAGUGAGUGAGUGAAUUUUUAAUAGAUUCGUCCUAAUAAAAGAAUAAAUAUUAUAGAAUGUCUUUUCCAAACAAAGAAGAUCGUAUAAAGUGCUGGAGUCGCAGGGACGAAUAUUGGCAAUGUCUUGAUGAAGGCAAAUCUCAAGCGGAAUGUAUAGAAUUUAGAAAACAAUAUGAAAAAUUCUGUCCAUCUCAAUGGGUGAAACAUUUUGAUCGUAAGCGAGAUUACUUGAAGUUCAAAGAGCAAAUAGAGACGGGGGGGUAUGUUCCUGAAGAACCAAAGGAAACAUAAAAUACUAAUCUUUCGAUUUUACUGUAUUCAUAGCAAGUCAUGAUUGAACUAUUAAUAUUUACUAUUAAACAAUUAAUUUCAUACAUUAUCCAUUCGAAUGUUUUUGGACUUUACAUUGUUAUUUUUACUUGUUGAAUUAUAAUAAAUAAGAUGCUUAA